AUUAACUCUCUCAGUUUCUUAUUUUUGAAUCCAAUCCCCAAAACAUACAAACAAAAAAAAAGUAAAAGAAGAACAAGAAAAUCAAAAUUAUUUUCUUUUCCUAGUUUUCUCAGAAAGAAAAACAUGAAACUCCCAUUUCUAAACAAGAACCACUCAACAUCUUCAUAUUCUUCAAAUUCAUCAUCCUCUUCAUGGCCAUGGCCUUCUUGUAACCAAAACCCUAAGACCUUAUCUUUCAGAGCCACCAUCACUUUCACCAACCCUAUUCACGACCAAGACGACGAUGAGCUCGAUCCACCGGAGAUUACUGACUCGGUAGAGAAUGUGAUAAAAGGGCUAAGAUCAUCAGAGAGACUCAUCUUCGAAAGCAAAGGAGAAACCAACUCUAUACUUGAAGAAGCUACGAGCAAGCGAGAAGAAGAGGAAGACGAAGAAGAAGGCUUCAUGCUCUUCUCCUUGGAAUCAAACGACCCUUACUCUGAUUUCAAGAGAUCCAUGGAGGAGAUGGUUGAGGCACACGCGCUUCACCACGACUGGAAAAGCCUCGAGAAGCUUCUUCUUCAGUUCUUGAAAGUCAACGCCAAGACCAGCCAUCGGUACAUCUUCGCGGCCUUCGUCGAUCUCCUCAUGAACUUAGCACUUAACACGAAAAAACCCAUCACCAAUAGCGACAUUUCCAAAGAUGACGGCGUCUCGGCAUCACGCGCCGCCGCUGCCGGAGAAGCAAGCACUUCUUGUUGUAAUAGUAUAAUGACUCUUGGAGAAUCUCCGUCGUCUCCAUUGUCAUUCUACACGUCGUGUUCGUCUUCUUCUUCCUCCGAUGAGACUUCCUCGACGUCCGUACGUUUCUUGCCGCUGUCUUCUUUGUUAGAGAUGGAUGAGAACACUAAAGACAUUAUGGUUUAGAACGGUUUUGCUUUUUUUUUUUUUUCUUAAUUAAUUUGUUCUUUAGCUUAAUUAAAAUUUGUGCAGAAU